CCUUCGACACGUCAUCAUGUCUGCGAAUUGCGUUCGAGCUUUCGAGGUUGAGCUGCGAUCUUUGAAGGUCAACUUGAUUGGCCGUGCUUUUUGCAGGAGACGCAAGUCGCAGCUCCAUCAUCACAAUCUGCUCAAUAUUCCAGUGUGUAUCAAGAUGGCCCCUCUCCGAACUCUCGCUGCUCUUCUCUGCCUCACCGGCGCCUCUGCUUUCGUCCCUGUCAAGCAACAGGUGAACAGCCCAACUGCAUUGAACAUUAUCAAGCCUGAGGUCUACUCUGAUGCUGUAGCCGACUGGGAGCAGCAAUUCCCUGGCUUUGCCCAGUGGGGAUGGGGACCUUCCGUCCAGGCCGAAAAGUGGAACGGACGUCACGCCAUGUUCGGAUGGUUCUUCAUCUGCGCCACUGCUUACUGCAAGGGACACGGAUUGAUCCCUGAUGCCGACAUGGCUCUUGACUUCAAGGAAUGGGGAACCCUCGCCACCAUCUCCGGAAAGAACACCAUCACCAACGAACGUGCCAUCAUCCUCAUCGCCAACGCCCACGCCUUCGGAGUCUCCCUAAUGGCAGCCAUGUGCCCCAUGCCCUUCAGUGAUCCUCUCUUUGCCGACAAAAACAGCCCCAACUACGACAAGAUCAUGGCCCAAGAAGGAUACGGAUACUUGCCCGCUUUCAAGACCGGCCUCACCGAGGAAGCCGAAAUUAUCAACGGACGUUUGGCCAUGGUUGGACUUACCUCCCUUGUCACCUACACCGCCAUCUCAGGAAAGGGCAUGAUCGACAUUGUCAACGAGUGGGUUGGUGGAGCAUACUACUAAACACCUGCUUAAUUGUGUGUGUUUGUAGCUAUGCCAUGCUCAUUGCUACUGACUGACCUUUUGCAUAGAUCUUGUACUUACAGUAAGAUUAGUCUUGGCUAGUAUAGACCUACAAGCGC